AAAUAUGAAAAAGCAAAUCGUUCGGGAGUUCAUUACGGUCAAGAAGGUGCGCUACUUGCCACGGCAGCCUUCGCCCCCACCGCAGCCACCGCCACCGCCGCCACGCCAGGUGCUCGUGGUGGGUAGCUGCACCUUGGAUCUGGUCACGGUUUGCGAGUUUCAUCCUACGGCCGGCGUGGAUCAGCGCACCAGCGAGGGUUGCUGGCGGCGGGGCGGCAGCGCCUCCGAUAUGUGCAGCGUUCUGCGUCGCCUGGGCACGCCUUGCGAGUUCCUUGGGCGACUGAGCAGGGCCAGUGCCUUCGAGGAACUGCUGACCAGCUUCCACUCGAUGGGCAUCGACAUUUCGCACUGCCCAAUGUCGGCCCAGCAGCCGCCGCAUCGCAGCAUCAUCACCAUACGCGGCAGCGAGACGCACACCAUACUGGAGUACUCGAAUCGAAGGCAGGAGCUCACCUUCCAGCAGUUCAUCGGGGCCAUCGACUACCAGCGGUACUCGUGGGUGCACUUCGAGUGUCGCAAUCCCAUGGAAACGGUGCGCAUGAUACGCGCCGUGCGCGCCUUCAACGAGCGCUGCCCUGAGGCGAGAAUCAUUCUGUCCGCCGAUCUGGGCAGCCUGAAGAAGCCCAGCCUGAUGGUGGCCGAUCUGGUGGAUUAUGUGUUUGUCCGCAAGCAGCUCAAGCAGACUUAUUCGUACAUGAACGGCCACGAGACGGUAUGGGCUGUACGCGAUGGACUGCGUCAGGUGCGUGCUGAAUGGGAGAAAGAUCAGCCCAGAAAGACGCCCCACCCCACACAGGGCACCCCUCCCGUAGACCCGAACCUCUGCCCGGGGCCGCCACAGAACGGCCCCACAAUUAUCUACAACAACUAUGCGGAGGGUGCCAGCUGCCUGCUGCCCGAGGACAGCUUCUUCAAGGUGGGACCUCACACGCCGCAAAAGAUUGUGGACGUGAUCGGUGAGAAUGAGACAUUUGCGGCGGCGGUAAUCUAUGCUCUGCUGGAGGCAAAGCUGCGGCUGCGCGACGCCCUGGCAUAUGGCACUCGGGCGGCCGUCUUGAAGGUACAACAGAACGGAUUCGAUGGUCUGCGCUGCCUGCCCAAGGAUCUCGUUGGAUGCUACUACGCCUAAGCGAUGAUUGAGCGGCUGAGUUCAUGACCAAACUGGGUUAUCAAGCAUCAAGCGCUGCUCUAAGCAAGAGUUUUGGCCUUGAGUUUGGCUGGAAAAACACCCAACCGCUGAGGAAUCAAAGUGUACAGAUUCAUUGAUCGUUGUUUAGUUAAUCAUCCAUCUGGCAGCAUGUCGCGGCUGUCGAUAAGAAGUCCCGCAGAAUGUGUAAUUCUCUGAUAAGACGGUGCUGUGUCUGUGGAUGGAUGGGGGCUCCAUUGCAAAUGCCAAAUUAGAUAUUGACUCGAGGGAAUUUUCAUUAGCAUUAAUAAUCGAAUGUCAAUGCAAUCUCGGAAGCGAUUGCCACAAAAGCGAUGAUGUGAUUCGUCUUGAGGAGGACAUAAAAAGGUGCCCGUCGUCAAACCAG